UCCUCUUUGGUGUUCAGCGAGUGCGUGGCAGGAGAGGCGGACGGGGCCAGCGGAGCGUUCUCGCGCUCUGUAGCGGCGGCAACUGCCGGGGGGCUACUCCUACGCGUAAGUCCCGCUUGCGUGGGCACGAGCUUGGUAGCUGAGAGCCACACAUUUGUUGAGGUUUAAGACUGGUGCCAUAGAUCGCUUCAGCUGCGGCUGCUUCUUUAAGGUAGAGAGCACUGCUUUCUGCAGAGGCUGCAAGCAUCCUUCUUUAAGACUGCUAGAGGCUUUAAGCAGCUAGUGGGAGACAUGCCUCGGGGACGGAAGAGUAGGCGCCGCCGUAAUGCAAGGGCCGCAGAAGAAAACCGCAACAAUCGAAAGAUCCAGGCCUCAGAGGCCUCCGAAACCCCCAUGGCUGCCUCGGUGGUCCCAAGCACCCCUGAAGAUGAUCUCAGUGGCCCCGAGGAAGCCCCGAGCACUCCGGCUGAGGCCUGUACCACCCCCGAAGCAGCUACAAGCACUGCUCAAGCACAAAAGCCUCCCAUAACUCGGAGCAGUUUUCAGGGCACAAAGAAAAGUCUUCUGAUGUCCAUAUUAGCCCUCAUCUUCAUCAUGGGCAACAGCGCCAAGGAAGCCCUGGUCUGGAAAGUGCUGGGGAAGUUAGGCAUGCAGCCUGGGCGACAACACAGCAUCUUUGGAGAUCCAAAAAAGGUCGUCACAGAAGAGUUUGUGCGCAGAGGGUACCUGAUCUAUAAGCCUGUGCCCCGCAGCAGUCCUGUGGAGUACGAGUUCUUCUGGGGCCCUCGAGCCCACGUGGAGUCCAGCAAGCUGAAAGUCAUGCAUUUUGUGGCAAGAGUUCGUAAUCGGUGCUCCAAGGACUGGCCGUGUAAUUAUGACUGGGAUUCAGACGAUGAUGCGGAAGUUGAGGCAAUUCUCAACUCAGGAGUUAGGGCUUCAUCCACCACCUAGGGAAAUAGUAAGAUCACUGUGGGAAGGGAAGUAGAAUGACACGUACAAGGUACCCCCUCAGCAAAGAUGGCCUGAGUUUUGAGUGGAAGAAAGGUGGGGGCGGGGAGAAAACUGUUUGGUAUUUGUGCUAAGUGCUAAUUAAUUGUUUAAUGAAGAAUAGAACUAUUGCUUGGAUAUUGUAAAAUUGUAUUCAUUUCAUAGUCCUAUUGCUUAGGAUCACAAUAUGUUUAAAUACAACAACUGAAAAAGGUUUCUUUUAUUCUUUAAUUGAAAUUUAGUGAAACAGUUUUGCAAACUUGAUAACAUUAAGUCAUUCCAUCAUAUUUUGUAAUCUGGGACAAGAUUUAUAGCAUUGAGAUAGAAUUUGGGGUGCUUGCUAUAACAUGUAAAAUAUGGGAAAUAUGGGGAAUUGUUCUUAAGACCUUUUUGAAACAUUUUGUGUCUGCAACUGUGUAAGGAAACGUGAAAUUUUCCAUGAGUUUGCGUACUUCCUGUAAAAUACAAAGAAAAAAACUAAAAAUAUACUGACUAGUA